AUGGCCGACGCACAGUUUGACAGUGCUCUCGACCUCCUUCGCCGCCUGAACCCCCGCGAUACCAAGGCUAAUCUCCAAGCCAUUACAACCAUUGUCCCCGAUCUCACCGAAGAUCUCCUCUCCUCAGUUGACCAGCCUUUGGAGAUUCGCCGAUGCAAACAAACGAACCGGGACUACCUCCUCUGCGACUACAAUCGCGACGGAGAUAGCUACCGGUCACCCUGGAGCAAUGAAUUUGACCCCCCGCUUGAUGACGGUACUGUCCCGAGUGAGCGUGUGCGCAAGUUGGAGGUCGCUGCCAAUGACGCCUUUGAUGUUUACCGGGAGCUUUACUACGAGGGCGGUGUCGGCAGUGUCUACUUUUGGGAUCUAGAUGACGGGUUUGCGGGGGUGGUUCUGUUGAAGAAGGGGGUAACACCCGGCUCCCAGAGCUCGGGCGCGUGGGACAGCAUCCACGUUUUCGAGGCCACCGAUCGAGCUCGCAUGUCCCACUACAAACUGACCAGCACGGUCAUCCUGCAUCUUGCCAACUCCAGUCCGGCCCUAGGUGAGAUGGACCUGAGCGGGAACAUGACCCGCCAAGUCGAGGUGGAUCUGGCCGUGGAAUCGGAUGCAAGCCAUGUCGCAAAUGUGGGCAGAUUAGUAGAGGAUAUGGAAUUGAAGAUGCGAAACUUGCUACAGGAGGUUUACUUUGGCAAAGCCAAGGAUGUCGUGGGUGAGCUUCGAAGCCUAACACCACUUUCAAAGACGAAUCAAGAUCGCGCAACCCAAUUGGAGAUGAUCAAGUCCAUGCAAAAAUAG